CCUGACGCCAGACAAGAACCCCGGAAAUAGCUUACAGUGUGACAGCCUGGGGAACUCGAGCCUUAUCAUGCGGUUUUUGUUCUUCCUGAAGCCAAAGUACUUGCAGUAUGUUGCAGAUUUCGUACCCAAGUACGUGAGUCCAGGGCGGCGCGGCCUUGGCUUUGUACACUAUCCCCGCCUACACCCAUAUCCUCCAAAGAUCUUUGUGAGACAGGCAAACUCGCUUACUCCCACCAUGGAUGAGGUGCUGAGCCGCUCUGUCCCCCCUCUGCCCCCCUAUGAAACUAAAGAAAAAUGCCCACCGCCCUCUGAGACGCAGAGCAUUCAUUUUAUGCAGUAUUACCGGGCAAUGGAUAAGGGGGACAGGGCUACCUUUCUUGGCAAGUUGGCUGCUGAGUUUGGGGUGGAUCAUACACAAGUGGCCGAACUGAGCAGCAAAGUGGUGCAAGCCCAGCAGAAGAGGGAUCUGGGCACUGUUCUUCAGGUGGAGGACAGACUAAGAUACUACCUCACCCCCCAGUACAAACUGUUGUUCUCUCAUAUCAGUAAGCUGGAAGGGGGAAUGAAGUUUUUGGUGGAUUUGAGAGCUGACAUUUUAGCUAAACUCGCAGAUGGUCCUCACAUUAGGGAAAUGAAUGGGGUGCUAAAAUGCAUGCUUUCGGAGUGGUUCUCUGUAGGAUUUCUUAACCUGGAGAGGAUAACUUGGCAGUCCCCAUGCGAGGUGUUGCAGAAGAUUAGUGAGUAUGAAGCAGUCCACCCUGUUCGUAACUGGACUGAUAUGAAGCGCAGAGUUGGUCCAUACAGAAGAUGCUAUAUGUUUGCUCACAGUGCAAUGCCUGGAGAACCACUAAUUGUAUUACAUGUUGCUCUAAUGCAAAAUAUUUCUGGUAGCAUUCAGGCAAUUGUAAAAGAUAUUCCUUCAUCUGAGGUUGAAGAUGCAAACAAGAUAAAAUCAGCCAUAUUUUAUUCUAUAAGUUUAACACAGCAAGGCCUGCAAGGAGUGGAACUUGGGAACUACCUCAUCAAGAGGGUAGUAAAGGAACUGCAGGUAGAGUUCCCUCAAAUUUUAGAGUUCUCAAGUCUUUCUCCAAUCCCAGGCUUUACAAAAUGGAUGUUGGGGGCUCUGAGCUCUCAGAUUAAAGAGUCUGGUAGACCAGAGAUGUUUACAGAAGCGGAAUGCAAAGAUAUAGAGGACAUCACAGGUGGACCUUUCUCUGAAUCUUUAAAACGCCUUUUCACAAGCAAUGAAUGGAUGAGGUGUGAAAGACUAGUGAAUGCUUUAGAGACACCUCUGAUGAGGCUUUGCGCUUGGUACCUGUAUGGUGAAAAACAUCGAGGCUUUGCCCUAAAUCCAGUUGCUAACUUUCAUCUUCAAAACGGGGCUGUUUUGUGGCGACUUAACUGGAUGGCAGACACCAGUCCUCGUGGAGGAAAUGCUUCCUGCGGGAUGAUGGUGAAUUAUCGCUACUUUCUGGAAAACACUAGCACAAAUAGUGCUAAAUACUUGAGAAUGAAAUACAUAGAGGCCUCCGAUCAAGUACUGAAUCUGGUGUCUCAGUUUAAAAUGAACAGCAAAUUAUGAUCACUACUAAGACUCCAAAAAAAAAAACAUUAAAACGAAAUGAAUGAUAGCUCAAUCUAUUGUAUACAGUAUAAGUUAUUGUCAAUAGUUGUCUUCUAAACCUUCUGACCUGUAGAGUGAAAUUCUCUGCACAGAACAGAAAAAAUACAUUUAGCUCCUGUGCCAUAUUGUUUCUCAUGGUGACUUGUCUUGGAUCAUUCCAGUAAAACCACGAUUUGGCUCAAAGGUAAAACCUGAAAUAUGUUUUUUUUAUAUUGAUACUGCAGAUUCUAACAGUGAACAGUGCUUAGAUGAUUAAAUCUAUAGUUCCUGAGACUACAGGGGCUACUAACACAAGCUCCAGCCAAUCGGCUUUACAGGCUGAAUCCACAAGUUAUUUUGUUCAACCAGGGAAGCAUUAUAUGCCUAUAUUUUCUACUGUUUUCAUAUGUAGAUUUGGUUGUUUUAAAAGAAAUCAAGGUUUGGUUUACAUAGCCACUGUUUUUCAGGUCUACAAAAAAAGACGCACACUAAACUUUGAAUCUAUCACUCUAGAAAACAUUUGUUUCUGAGUUGGCAAAUCACCUUGGACAACACAUUAAUAUUUAUAGUUACCAUAAUACAUGUGCGUUAUGUCCAAGAUAUCCAUUUGUAGAAAUUAGCUUAAAACUUUACACAUUUAUUAACAUCUUCAAAGUUUUACUUUUUUCACUUCUGGAGGUUUUAACAAAAUACUAACACUAUUUUUUAAGUGCAAAUAGUGUGUGUGUUCAAAAAAUAAAAAAAAACAGACUUGAGAAGUUGCUGAUUCAAGCAAAUGAGCCAUAGCAUGAAGGGACUGCAGUGAGGCUUUGUAUUGCUGCAGAAUAGAUAUGACUCUUUAUAAGCAUCUGAUCAAAAUAGACGUUUGUGGUGUGUGAUAUAUCUGUAAAUACCCAUGAGCAGAUAGAAUUCUUAAAGAUAAAAUAUAAACAGUAAUUUAUUAUUUUACCCUUCUGUAAUAAAUCAGAAGUCGACAUUAAA